UCCCAGGGACGCAGCCAACCCCUCGCACCCCCGCGCCCGCGCCCCCAGUCCCCGCGUCCCCGGCGCCGCCGGCCCGGAGCUGCCCGGAAGUCUCGGUUCCGCCGCCGGCGCUCGCCAGGGGAAGCCCGGGGCCGCCCGGGACCUCGGCCCGCUCCUCCGGACCCGAGAGGCCGCCGCACGGGCUGCCGCUCCAGAUGCUGCUGCUGCCGCCGCGGCCACCCCACCCUCGGUCCUCCUCUCCGGAGGCCAUGGACCCACCGCCCCCCAAGGCUCCCCCUUUCCCCAAGGCGGAAGGCCCCUCCUCCACUCCUUCCUCGGCGGCGGGGCCCCGACCCCCGCGGCUGGGCCGCCACCUCCUCAUCGACGCCAAUGGGGUCCCCUACACAUACACGGUGCAGCUGGAGGAGGAGCCCCGGGGCCCGCCCCAGCGCGAGGCGCCCCCAGGAGAGCCCGGCCCUCGCAAGGGCUACAGCUGCCCGGAGUGCGCCCGUGUCUUUGCCAGCCCUCUGCGGCUGCAGAGCCACCGCGUGUCGCACUCGGACCUCAAGCCCUUCACGUGCGGCGCCUGCGGCAAGGCCUUCAAGCGCUCCAGCCACCUGUCGCGGCAUCGCGCCACGCACCGCGCCCGCGCCGGGCCGCCGCACACCUGCCCGCUCUGCCCACGCCGCUUCCAAGACCCCGCGGAGCUGGCGCAGCACGUGCGCCUCCACUAAGCUCGAGACCCGGCUUGAGCUGCCCUGCCCCUCUCAGGGCCACGAAGUCUGACCCACACAGCGUCACUCACUCCCACACACACUCCCUGGCUCCGCUGAGGUUACUGCCUUACCCUGGGCCUCAGUUUCCCCACCUUCCAAAGGGAGGAGCAUCAUUCCUUCCUUACCCCCUUUCUAGCUGUGUGAUGUAGACCAAAGUCGUUGCCCCUCCCUGGGCCUGGGAACCAGUCGGAACUGGGUUCCGGUCCAGCUGUGCUGUGUGAGCCUUUGCAAGUGACAUGACCUCUCUAAACCUUGGUUUUCUGCUCUCUGGAGCGGUGAACCGGUGGUUGACUGUGGGGAAGAGAUGAUAAAGAGCACGGGCACGGUCUGGUUCAUUUCUGUAUCUACCCCCCUUCCGCCCACGUCCCCUACCCUUUGCUCAAUAAACAUUCCGCACUUCA